AUGUCUUAUCAAAGCAUUUCCAGACCUUUUGAUCCAACAAUAGGUCAUCAGCAUGCGGUAAUGAGUGCGAGGAAUGGAAAGUUUUAUGGGACAGAAGUUGCGAUAAAUCUGUGGAAACCAUAUGUCCAAAUUCCCAAAGAGUUUAGCUUGGCUCAAAUUUGGGUUGUGUCCGGAAAUGGCUCUACUCUUAACACCAUUGAAGCUUGUUGGCAGGUUGUUUAG